UCGGCUCAGCCCCGCUGAUGUGGCCUGUCUGCCUCCACCCCUCCAUCACCACCGCCUCGCCUUUGCCGCCAGCGACCGAGCGAGGAGAUUGCAAUGGCGGCCUCCACUGCUUCCCGCCUCUCGCCCCCUCGCUUCCACGUCUCUCCCCGGUCUCCUCAUCCUCCACUUCGCCGCUCGCGCUUCUCCCCCGUCCGCGCUGCCAAGUUGGAAGCCGUGUUGUCUAUUGGUACUCAUCUAAUCCCACACCCAAGAAAGGCUGCUAGUGGCGGUGAAGAUGCUUUCUUUGCCAAUAGCGAUGCUGGUGGAGUAUUUGCAAUUGCAGAUGGUGUUUCAGGAUGGGCAGAAAAGGAUGUCAAUCCAGCUCUGUUUUCUCGAGAGCUCAUGAGAAACAGCUCUAAUUUUCUCAACGAUGAGGAGUUGCAGGUCAAUGGUGAUCCUCAGAUUCUUCUCAUGAAAGCUCAUGCUGCAACUUCUUCAAUUGGAUCCGCAACAGUAAUCAUCGCGGUGCUUGAGAAGAGUGGGACUCUGAAAAUUGCAAGUGUGGGAGAUUGUGGUUUGAAAGUUAUUCGCAAAGGCCAAGUAAUGUUUUCUAUAUCCCCUCAAGAACAUUACUUUGACUGUCCAUACCAGAUAAGCUCCGAGGCAGCUGGUCAGACAUAUCAGGAUGCACUGGUUUGCAGUGUAAAUCUAAUGGAUGGUGAUAUGAUUGUGAGUGGUUCAGAUGGGCUUUUUGACAAUAUCUUUGAUCAAGAGAUUAUUUCCACAAUUUCUGAGUCCUCAGGAGUAGAUGAAGCUGCAAAAGCAUUGGCAGAGCUUGCAAGAAAACACUCAGUGGAUGUCACAUUUGAUUCACCCUACUCAAUGGAGGCCCGGAGUAAGGGUUUUGACGUCCCAUGGUGGAAGAAGCUUCUUGGAGCGAAACUAAUAGGUGGGAAGAUGGAUGACAUCACAGUUGUCGUCGCGCAAGUGAAGACUGUAGCUGUCCCAGACGAGGGUGGUGACAUAGAAGAACAGAAAGGGAACGAGCAAGGCAUUGCUGUAGCAGUUGCGUCUGCUGUACAAAAUGAAGAAUGAUCAAGAGCUAGCUUGAGUUCUCAACCUGCCGGCAUUUUCGCUCCAAUUUCUUUUUUUUCUGUGAUGGACUGAUGGUGCGUUAUACUGCAAGUAAAGAAGUUGAAGCGAAAUACAGUUCGCGUGCUUGUGUGUAGUUGCAUGUAUAUAGACCUCCCGGAUUGCGUUUAAUAUAUGAAUGGAAAUAUGCGGUUAACUA